ACACAGCGCACCCACUCUGUUCUGGGUUCUCCUUGCAGCCCCUCCCCCUGGGGGGCCCGGCCAGGGAAUGGGGGUCUCCACAGCCCCUCCGCCGCCCCUUCCGUCCGCAUCCACCGCCCGGCCCUCGCAGCGCCCACCCCUCAAGGCCCCGCAGCGGGUGAAGGCCGCUAUCGCCAGCAUCCCGGUGGGCUCUUACGAGGCGGCCCCCUCCCCCGGCACCCCCCGGGCCUCCCUGGGGCCAGCACAGUCGACGCAGCAGGCGGCCCAGCAUCAUCAUCAUCCGCAGCCGCCACAUCAUCCGCAGCAGGAGCCGUGUGGGGCACGGUUCCAGCAGGAGGCGGAGGUCACGGAGCGGGGCCCCCAGGAGCCCCCCCUGCCACCCCCCUCCCCUGCCGAGCAGGGCCCCGAAGCCAAGAGAGCCGAGACCUGGGAGCCCGUGUCCCCUCCAUCACCACGACAGACGCAGCCCGCCACCGAGACCACCGCCACAGACGCCUGGGGCCACCGGGAAGCGGCCGGCGAAGAGAGAGCAUCCCGGGAGGCCCUCCCUGCCCAUCCUUCGGGCAGCAAAGGGGCUGAGACGGUGGGUCUGUUACGGCAUACUAACCUCCCCCCGCUCCCCUUAAACCGCCAUUCACCUUCACAAGGCAAAGGGAACAGUAAUUUAGGGGAAAGGGUGGCAGGCGGAGGGCGGGGAGAGGGGAAUAAUAAC